GCGUGGGGAGGAGGCUCAAGCCGCGGGUUCGAGUCCCGGCGGAGCCGGCCCAGCCAUGGCCGCGGCCCCCGAGCCAGCGGAGGCCGAGCCGUGCCCGGAGCCGCCCGCGCACCGGCUGAGCGUGGCGGAGCUCGACCGUGAGCUGGACUGUCGCAGCGAGCUGAUUGAUGACAAAGAAUUCGACAUACCUCAAGUUGAUACCCCUCCAACGCUGGAGAGCAUCCUAAAUGAGACUGAUGAUGAAGAAGAGUCUUUCAUUUUGGAGGAUCCCUUUCUCUUGAACAUUGAUAACACGGAUACACACUCCUAUGACACCUCUUCUGUGGCCAGCUCUGACAGUGGGGACAGGACACACCUGAAAAGGAAGAAAAAACUCCCAGAUUCUCUCUCACUCCAUGGAUCAGUGAUACGGCUCUCCCUCCUGAAAGGAAUUUCUGCCCAAGUAGCAUCUGCAGCAGACAAAGUGGAUGCUGGCUUGCCCACUGCAAUUGCAGCAUCAAAUCUGAUAGCAGUGGGGACUUCCCAUGGGUUAGCACUGAUAUUUGGCAAAGAUCAAAACCAGGCUCUCCGGCUGUGUCUGGGCAGCACCGCAGUUGGGGCCCAGUACGGGGCCAUCUCUGCUCUCAGCAUCAACAAUGACUGUUCCAGGCUGCUCUGUGGCUUUGCAAAAGGACAGAUCACCAUGUGGGAUCUGGCCAGUGGGAAGCUGCUGCGAUCAAUAACAGAUGCCCACCCUCCGGGAACAGCCAUUUUGCACAUCAAGUUUACAGAUGAUCCGACACUCGCAAUUUGCAAUGACAGCGGAGGCUCCGUGUUUGAACUGUCAUUUAAGAGGGUUAUGGGAGUGAGGACGUGCGAGUCUCGGUGUCUCUUCAGUGGCUCUAAGGGGGAAGUUUGCUGUAUUGAGCCGUUACAUGCAAAGGCUGAUUUGAGAGACCAUCCUAUCACCCAGUAUUCACUGCUGGCCAUGGCCUCCCUCACUAAGAUCCUGGUUAUUGGCCUGAAGCCAUCUCUGAAAGUGUGGAUGACCUUUCCCUAUGGCCGUAUGGACCCUUCAAGUGUCCCUCUGCUGGCGUGGCACUUCGUGGCUGUGCAGAACUCGGUGAACCCCAUGCUUGCCUUCUGUCGAGGAGAUGUCGUGUACUUCCUUCUGGUCAAGAGAGAUGAUAGUGGUGCAAUACAUGUCACAAAACAGAGGCAGCUUCAUCUGCACUAUGAUCUCAUCAACUUUACUUGGGUCAACUCACGGACAGCAGUGCUGCUGGACAGUGUGGAGAAGCUGCACGUCAUAGACCGUCAGACUCAGGAGGAGCUGGAGACCAUCGAGAUCUCAGAGGUUCAGCUGGUCUACAACAGCAGCCACUUCAAAUCCCUGGCCACAGGGGGCAAUGUCAGCGAGGCCUUGGCGCUGGUUGGAGAGAAAGCUUGUUACCAGUCCAUCAGCAGCUGUGGUGGUCAGGUCUUUUACCUUGGAACUAAGUCUGUUCAUGUCUUGACAUUGAGAAGCUGGAGAGAGAGAGUUGACCACCUUCUGAAACAAGAACGUCUCACAGAUGCCCUGGCUCUUGCUUGGUCCUUUUAUGAAGGUAAAGCAAAGGCUGUUGUAGGCUUGACUGGGGACACGAGCAAGAGGAAAGCUGUAAUUGCUGACAGAAUGGUUGAAAUCCUUCUCCAUUACACUGAUCGGACUCUGAAGAAAUGUCCUGACCAAGGAAAAAUCCAGGUUAUGGAGCAGCACUUUCAGGAUGUGGUGCCUGUCAUUGUGGAUUACUGUCUCCUGCUGCAGCGCAUGGAUCUGUUAUUUAACCAGAUAUAUGACAAGAUGAGUGAGAACUCUGUAGCCAAAGGCAUCUUUUUGGAGUGCUUGGAGCCAUAUAUCUUGAGUGAUAAGCUGAUGGGAAUCACAGCUCAAGUGAUGAAAGACUUGCUGCUUCACUUCCAAGACAAGAAUAGGUUGGAAAACUUGGAAGCCUGCAUUGUGCAUAUGGAUAUCACCAGUUUAGACAUUCAGCAGGUGGUUCUCCUGUGCUGGGAAAACCGCCUGUACGAUGCCAUGAUCUACGUCUACAACAGCGGGAUGAACGACUUCAUCAGUCCCAUGGAGAAGCUGUUCAAAGUCAUUGCUCCUCCACUGAAUGCUGGAAAGUCUCUCACAGAUGAGCAGGUGGUGAUGGGCAACAAGCUGCUUGUGUAUAUAAGCUGCUGCUUGGCAGGCCGUGCAUAUCCUUUGGGUGAUAUUCCUGAAGAUCUGGUACCUCUGGUGAAAAAUCAGGUGUUUGAGUUCCUGAUCCGGCUGCACUCAGCUGAGGGGUCUGUGGAUGAGGAGGUGUAUCCCUACGUUCGGACCCUGCUGCACUUUGACACGCGGGAAUUCCUCAAUGUGCUGGCUCUGACUUUUGAAGACUUUAAGAAUGAUAAGCAAGCUGUGGAGUAUCAACAGAGAAUUGUGGACAUUCUUCUGAAAGUCAUGGUGGAGAAUUCCGACUUCACCCCAUCGCAGGUUGGCUGUCUCUUUACCUUCCUUGCCCGGCAGCUCGCCAAGCCCAACAACACCUUGUUUGUCAACAGGACACUGUUUGACCAGGUGCUGGAGUUCCUGUGCAGUCCGGAUGACGACUCCCGGCAUUCCGAGAGGCAGCAGGUCCUUUUAGAGCUGCUCCAGGCAGGAGGGAUCGUGCAGUUUGAAGAGAGCCGCCUUAUCCAAAUGGCAGAGAAGGCUGAGUUCUAUCAGAUUUGUGAGUUCAUGUAUGAACGGCAGCUUCGCUAUGACAAAAUCAUCGGCUGUUACCUGCGGGAUCCCCUGAGGAAGGAAGAAGUUUUCAACUACAUCCACAACAUUCUGUCCAUGCCUGGCUACAGUGCUGAGGAGAAGCAGGUGGUGUGGCAGAAAGCUUUGGACCAUAUAGAGGAGCUGCUGGUGCUGAGCCCAGGUAAAGCAGCUGACCUGGCAGCCAUUCACUUCAGCGAGCAGCUCGAGAGCAUCAUCUCCAACCUGCAGGACCAGUUCUUGCUCUUCCAGUUCCUGAGGAGUCUCCUUGAUCCAAGAGAAGGCAUUAACCAAGACCUGCUACAUCUCUCACCCUGUAUCACUGAGCAGUUCAUCGAGCUGCUCUGUCAGUACAGCCCAGACCAAGUUUUGGAGACGCUCAAAGUUCUGGAAUACUGCAGACUGGAGGAAACCAUCCAGAUAACCCAAAAACAUCAGCUCCAUGAGGCUUCUUCGUAUUUACUAGAGAAGAAGGGAGAUAUCCAUGGUGCCUUUUUGGUUAUGCUUGAGCGAUUGCAGAGCAAGUUGCUGGUGCUUAUUCAAGAUGGUGAAAGCUCAUCUGAACCCUCCUUGCUAGAAAAUAUUGAAGAUACUUUAAUGAAAACAAUUGCUCUUUGCCAGAGGAAUUCACACAGUUUAGACCAGCAACAGCGAGAGGCCCUCUGGUUUCCCCUGCUUGAGGCCAUGAUGUCCCCACAGAAAUCCUCUGGUUCGUCGCAGUGUCCACACUCUGAAUCUUUGAAGAGUUUGACAAUGCAAGUGCUAAACAACAUGGCUGCGUUUAUUGCUCUUCCCUCAAUCCUGCAGAGGAUUCUCCAGGAUCCAGUUUAUGGAAAAGGGAAACUUGGAGAAAUUCAAGGGCUUGUCCUGGGAAUGCUGGACACUUUUAACUAUGAACAAACCCUUCUAGAGACAACCACGAGCCUUUUAAACCACGAUCUGCACUGGUCCCUGUGUAACCUGAGAGCCUCUGUCACCAGAGGCCUUACUCCAAAGCAGGAUUACUGCUGCAUCUGUCUCCAGCAGUACAAAAGGAGGCAAGAAACUGCUGAUGAAAUCAUUGUUUUCAGCUGUGGACACUUGUACCACUCGCUGUGCCUGCUGAGUAAGGAGUGUGGGGUGGUCACCAAGGGCCUCAUGAGGUGGAUGUGCUACAAAUGCAACUCGAGCAACAAGGGAGGGAAGCUGAGUGAGAACUUCUCAGAGCUGAAAAAAGGGACUGCAGCAUCCCUGGCACAGAUGAGUUCAGAGUCUGCGUUGGAUCCUCAGCAAAUCCAAGCUUUUGACCAGCUCUGCCGACUCAACCGAGGCACCUCCCGACUGGCUCUGCUGACGGAGCUGGCGCGUGGGGGCCACGCUGGCGGUGACAAGCACGGGCUGCUCAGUGUUUCCCACGGGGAGCCGGCCACCAGCAGCGUCUUCCAGAACGAGAACUUCCAGCUGCACCUGACGCCCCCUCCGCUGGCUGAAGAGUAGCGCUCCUGCCCCGGCUGCUCCCAGGACGUGGUGCUGGGGAGCCCUCCCACCACAGCAUGGGAUUUUCCCCACACCACCUUUCCCAGAAUCUGCUGUGCUGACCCUCACUGGGCACUGGUGGGUCAUGGCCAGGUGAUGCCCCAGCUCUGCUUUGGCAGUCGUGGGGCAGCUGGGCUGGAAGUGGAACUCGGGGACAAACCCCAGCAUGCUGGGGCACGGGGAGGACUGCUGUGCUGAUCCAGGGGCUCGUGGCAGCAGCGGGAACUUUUCCAAGUAACCAAAUCAGCUCUGCCCUGCUGGAGGAGCCUGUCCUGUGCCCAGAGGCCCCGUGUCCCUGUGCUGUGCUGGUUCUGUGGCUGGGGGUCACACCUGAGUUCUGUGUUUUGCUAAAAGCAGCUGUUCUGGCAAGGCCUGGCCCUGCUGUCUCACAGCAGCAGCCCUGGGGUCUGAGGGCACAGAAUGGGCAAAUCUGGAGAAGGUUGAAGAAUGCAGGAAAUGACACCUGUGUGAGCAAACUGACCUGCACACUCUGUGUUCUACCAACCCAUUAAAGAGGCCCUUGGCUGAA